AUGCCAGACGAAGUGCCCCAUAAGCGCCAGCGUGUUUCUAAAGCCUGUGAUACCUGUCGUAAGAAAAAAGUAAAGUGUGAUGGAGUCCAACCUCGUUGUGGUAAUUGUACAACGUUUAAUGUUGAUUGCACUUACAAUGAUACAACAAAGAAAAGGGGACCACCCAAAGGAUAUAUUGAGGCAAUCGAGACUCGAUUGCAUAGAAUGGAAUCUCUCUUAGGCGGAUUGGUACAAAGUAAUGAUCCUCGGGCAGAAGCUGUGUUGGCACAAUUAAUACAAGAUGACGAUAUGAUAGUUCCUAAUCGUCGACCAACUACUGGACGUCCAGACUAUAGUGCUUGGCGUAAUAAUAACGCCUCGAAUUUAUCUUCUACAUCGUCAAACAGUGCUAGAAAUAAAGAUGACUCAUCAUCGUCGUUAGAUCCAUUAACUACGUCCGACGGCAAACCUAUUGAAGAUUUAAAUGAUGUUAUGGGAGUAUUAAGCAUUGACGAGAAUAACCAAGUUAGAUAUCAUGGAAGGAGUAGUGGAUUAUAUUUACUAAAAAAGGAUAAUAAAGAGGGAGUUUUAAGAGUACAAAAUCAAGGAGUUUGGCUUUCUGGAAAAGUUGUAGCAUCAACAAAUGAAUUUGAACUAUUGAAGCAUCCGGAAUUGACUGAACUUCCAUCACAAGAAAUUUUCGAUCAUUUACUGGAAAUCUAUUUCACCCACGUACAUCCAAUUAUGCCAAUUAUUUAUAAACCAAGCUUUUUUAAUCGGCUGAGAGAUAAAGACACAUUUCCCCAUCUAUUACUGAAUUCAAUGCUUGCAUUGGCAUCAAGAUACUCGGAUAACGCAGAGAUACAAAAGUAUCCGGAUAAACCUGAAUCCGUUGGUUCUGUUUUUUUUGAACGUGCAAAAGCAUUACUUGACUUUGAAUAUGAUCAUCCAAGAGUCUCCACGGUUCAAGCUUUGAUUUUGCUCGCCCUAAGAGAAUAUGGAUCUGGAAAAGUUUCAAGAGCCUGGAUGUAUGCUGGAAUGUCUACAAGAAUGGCACAAGAUUUGGGAUUACAUCGUAACACUGAAGAAUGGGAUCCUAUAAAUUUCAGUCACGAAGACAAAGAAACUCGAAAGCGUGUAUUUUGGGGUUGUUUUAUUCUUGACAGAAUAUCGAGUGCAAAUAUUGGUAGACCACUUGCUAUCGAUGAGCAAGAUGUUGAUGUCUCAUAUCCUUCUGAACAAGAGGAAGAUGAAAAUGAACUGCUUCCAUUUAAAAUGGAUUAUUCCGUAUCAGCGAUUUCUUCCCCUAUAUCCUCGAAUAAUACAACAACUUCCACCACCACCACAAGAGUCAAAGAACCACAAUAUAAAUCAUACUGCGUUUCACGAUUUAAUGCAUUAGCGAAAUUAUGUGAGAUCACUGGUCGAAUUCUCCACAAGAUUUACGCCAUUAGAUCCACCACAAAAUCCAACAAGGAAAGCAAGGAAUCAAUUCUUUCUAUUCUGGACUCAUCACUGACAUCAUGGCUGAUUACUUUGCCAGCAAAUCUUCAAUAUAAUCCAGCAGCGGAUGAACCGCCAGCACCUGCUACAAUUACAUUACAUAUAAUGUAUUACUCGAUCAUAAUGUUACUUCAUCGACCUUAUUUACCGAAUGCAAAACAAUCAUUUAAAAAACAUACAUCAGCAGCUAAUUCUCUAACAGAAUUAGCGGAGAUACUUGUUAAACAGGGCACAAUGAAAUAUACCAUGAACUCUACGGUAUACGCAAUAUUUAUGGCAGGAGUUUUACACACUUAUAAUGCAACACAAUCAGACAUAAGUAUAUCACAACCUGCAAAAACGAAUCUAAUUAAAUGUAUAAAAGCAUUAGAAGCAUUGAAAAAAACUUGGGUAAAUGCAUACAAAUAUACUGAUUUACUACUUGAAUUAGCAGAAAUAAAAAAUGUAAAUAUAGAAACAUCUUAUUCGACAAAUAAUGGCGAAACUUUAGAAGAACGUGGAAAUCGUACACAACAAUCGCAAUCACAAAAUG